AUUAGACCCGUCUAUCAUUUGUCUCUCAGUUCUACUCCCUCUGUUUCCAAUCCACAACACGGCGAGCUGACUCGGCGUUGGACGCAUUUACAUGAGCCAUCCGCGCUUUUUAGCGGGCGUGAGUAGCCAUGUUCUCGAUCGUUCGGUGACUACUGCUCAGCUCAGGAAUGCCCAGCCGUCAUGUUUCAAAGCAGGACUAUACACAUCCAGCAAUGCGCCCGCUAUCCUGAGCCUACGGUAUCGAAAUCUUUCAAACAAUAAUAGGUAUCACCAUGUAGUGAACCAUGCCACCCGCUCCUUUCCUCACACUCGAGCCUUUGCUACAAACGUUCCGCAAACCUCGACCAAAGCCAAGGAAACGGAACCUCCACCUCCUCCCGGCACAAGUAAGAAGGUCAAGGUAGAGCUAAGGCCUGGCCCGGCGAAGCCUUCCUCAAUUUCUCCAAGUACGAAGGCUAGCAGUAACCCGACCACAUCACGUACACCGCCCACUCAAACUCAAGGGUCGACGAAUGUGAAGCCACACCCAACAAAGCCGCCACCUUUGUCAGCAACUUCUCCGAAGGAGGAGGCAUUGAAGGAGGUAGAGGGCAAGAAGAUUAUUGACAUCGCGAAGAAGGACAUGUAUGAUGCGGCGCAGCACGGUAUCUUAAAGCCUCCACCAGCCGACGCAAGCAAGAUUGGAAGGCUAUUUCAUCAAGCAAGGGAGCUUUUUAAAUUCUAUUGGGCGGGCUUGAAGUUCGUCUUCGCCCAUAGAAAGGAGGCCCAGAGACUACAGGCGCGUGUUAGAAGUGGAGGAGCUCCUUUAACGUGGAGAGAACACAGAUUUAUUCUCACAAAUAGAUCGGACGUAUUCAAACUUGUUCCCUUCCUUUUGACCGUCAUCAUUGCCGAAGAGGUCAUUCCGCUGAUUGUGAUGUACGUUCCGGGUAUGCUGCCAUCGACGUGCGUGCUCCCCUCGCAACGGGCGAGGAUUGAGGCGAAACGCCACGAGCGUCAACGUGGAGCUUAUGCACUAGCUAAGGAGCUCGGUGUUUUCAAAGAUAUUCCUGUCGAAGAAGUGAAGCUUAGAUCCUUGACCAAUCAGCAGGUCAACCUGUUGUGCAGUACUGUCGGAAUCUCCUCUUGGGGAAUUUUGGGCAUGCAGCGCCAUCGAUUAAAGAUCUAUCUUCACAGGCUUGUUGUAGAGGAUAGGCUGCUUCUUUUGGAGGGUAAGGGGGCCAAAUUAAAGCAAGCGGAAAUUACAUCUGCCUUGUAUGAUCGUGGAUUCCUUGCAGAGUCUUAUACACCUAGUCAGCAGCGCGAUCGAUUGCGGUGGUGGUUAGAGAAUGUUCAUGGCGAGACGGCUGACUCACAGAAGGCACCUGAAGAUGUCGGGGCGGAAUUACUCGUUCUCAUGCACCAGGAGGCUCGCUCGGACUAAUAGCCUGUAUCACAUUUAGACCGUUUCGCGUCCUGAGAUUUGUGCCACUUCAUUCGUUCGUGUGUCGAUCUACACGUAACUCGCCUCGAGUUGGUUUGGAUAUUGAACCUUUCAUAGGCAUAUAGAUAAUUUAAUUCCACAUUAAUCCACAGCUCAAAUAUUAAAUAUUCUAUACACAUAG